AUGGAGCACCUCAAGGCGCUCCGAAACCUCACUCUCCUCACGGCCCUAUGCGCAGCUGUAACCUACGUGGUCCCCGAGUCCCUUCUUCCCAACAAGCACCUGAUGGCCCCUCUAUUUCACCGAGCAGCGCGCAACAUGCUCAGCGUCUACGAGGACUACGACCUCGAGCACCCGGACUCCUCAUCUCUCAUCAUCCGCAUGUUCCUCUCGUCAGCCAUACAGAUAGCCACAGGGAGCCGCGGUAUAGCAUUUCAUGUCCUGAAUGAAGCCUGUCUGAUCGCGAUGAGAAUGCACCUCUAUGAUGAGAGCGCAGUCCAAGGGCAGGACCCGGUCGAGGAGACCAUCCUCCGAAAUGCAUUUUGGCAGCUAUAUGUCUGCGACAAAACCGCGUUGGUUGUCAAGGGCCGCCCCGUAACAAUUCAUGAACCGUUGUUUGAGAGUGAACUCACUCUCCAGAUCCGUUCGCAUCGCCCCGUGUCACUUUUUGACCACGGCCACGGUCACAACACGGACAAUAAUAUCAACAACGCCGGCCUAUUGGAAGACUGUCUCUUGGACGGAUUCCACGUCAUCCGCCGCCUGUGGACAAUGGCUGCCCGGGUGAUCCAAGCCGUCGAGUCGACCCGGGAGAGGUCCUGGGACGCACAUCCUCAUCCCAAGGACUCCAGCCAUAGGGCCGCGCAGCUAUCCGAGGCAUACUUUGAGAUGAUCACAUUGACACAUGACCCGCCUCUCUGGACUACCCACUACAACUCGGCCCGGGAUUCGCGUUCACCCGCCGAUUCUGGCCCAGGCGCGUGGGACAAGGAUCUGGCUGACAUCGUGCAGCGGCAACGCACCAGCUACCUGAUUACUCUGCACAGCAUCAAGGUCUUUGUUCUGAGCGCUGUGAUUGAAAGCAACAUGACCCAGAUCAUAGGUCUCAGCACGGAGCCCCUGGCGCUUGCCAUGAGACAGGUCGAACAGGCGCAAGACUUUUUGAAUGUCCUGGAGAGUGUGCCGUUUCUCCAUCUCCAGGCGGAGGGAGAGCAGUGCGUUGAGAAGAUUAGACGAGUCGGCACCUUGCUGCUCAAACUAGAAAGUAGCUCAGAUAAUAGCAUGGUUAGAUUCAGGGCGAAUCAGUGCGCCAUGCGCUUGGUUGACUUGUUGGCCCGUCUGGACUCCAAGGCAUCAGACCUUCUCGGGGGGUAAAAGCGGGUGUUUCUAGCUACAGAGGAGAAGAAAAAAAGAGAGACAUGACUUACACCCCCUCUACUUGGAAAUUCGCG